GCCAUUCGUUGCGUGCUCAACGUGCUCGACGUCGUCCUCGCUGCCUGUGCCAAUGGACUCGCCGGCGCGCUGCAGCAACCCGGAAGGUUGGGGCCCGGUCUCGACCGCUCGCCCGUUCGAUCUCACAGUGUGCUUCGAGGAAGGCAUCCUCCUCUCCACCCUCCUCGUCCUCAUCGCCAUCGCGGGCGCGUUCCGGUGCUGGGCUCUACGCGGUUGGGAAGUGCUGCCGAGAUGUCGCAAAAGUCUGUGGGUGCUGAGGGCCAAGCUCAUCUUCCUCGUUCUCGCGUGUGCAGCUAGCUGCGCAAAUCUCAUUUUAGUGGUUGUCACCCAUCGGCCGGUCGCCGUCGUACAAAGCUAUGUUCUCGACGUCCUCGCGUUGCUGGUCGCACCCUUCCUCACCUACCUCAACCACCACCGGACACGCUCUUCCUCCACGCUCCUGCUUCUCUUCUGGCCCCUUUACACCAUCUGUGUACUGGUGUGGACUAGAACGGUAGCCGUCACAGAGCUGCAUGCCUUUUUACCUGUCCUCUCCUUGAAAUGCGCCGCUGCAGCCCUCGGACUCGCCGCGUUCGCAUUGGAGAACCUCGGCGUAGAGUUCUCUCCCGAGGACAAGCCAGCUCUCCCGGAGAAGGGUCAUAUACAGAGCCCGCUGCUCACGGCAAAUGUAUUCAGCGUGUGGACGUUCUCAUGGAUGUCCGGUCUCAUGAAGAAAGGCGCGAAGGCCUACAUUACCGAGGACGACCUCCCGUCGCUUGUGCCCAAGGACGAGGCCGCAAAUCUCGGUAGGAAGCUGCACGAUGCCCUCCAAAAACAUAAGGGCCUGUGGACGUCACUCUUUGUCGCCUAUGGAGGAUCUUAUGCCUUCGCCGCGCUCCUCAAAGUCAUCCAGGACUGCCUCGUGUUCAUGCAGCCGCAGCUCCUCCGCCUGCUCCUCGCAUACAUCUCGGAUUACCAGAGUGCGCGCGCCUCCGGUCGUGAGCGCCCCAGCGAGCUCGAGGGCUUUGCCAUUGCCGUGUUCAUGUUCUGUGCGUCCGUCGUGCAGACGAUCAUUCUGCACCAGUACUUCCAACGGUGCUUCGAGACGGGCAUGCGUGUGCGCGCUGGGCUCGUGAGCGCCAUUUACCAGAAGGCACUCGUACUCUCGAACGACGGGCGAGGACGCGCCUCGGGGGACAUCGUCAACCUUAUGUCCGUCGACGCCACGCGGCUGCAGGACCUGUGCACGUACGGUCUCAUCUCAAUCUCCGGGCCCUUUCAGAUCGCGCUGGCGUUCAUAUCGCUCUACAACAUCCUCGGAUGGGCAGGGUUCGUCGGCGUCGCGAUCAUGGUCGUGUCCGUCCCGCUGAACACGCUCAUCGCGCGGCUGCUCAAAAAGCUGCAGGAGCAGCAGAUGAAGAACCGGGACAAGCGCACGAGGUUAAUGAGCGAGUUGCUGGCGAAUAUCAGGAGUAUCAAGCUGUACGCAUGGGAGAACGCGUUUAUCCGGUGGAUCAUGCAGGUGAGGAAUGAGCAGGAGCUGAGGAUGCUCAGGAAGAUUGGCGUCGUCACAUCACUCAACACGUCCCUCUGGGGUGGUAUCCCAUUGCUUGUUGCCUUCAGCUCCUUUGCUGUCGCUUCGGCGACGUCGGACACACCGUUGACAUCCGACAGGAUCUUCCCCUCAAUCUCGCUGUUCAUGCUCCUCAGUUUCCCACUAGCUAUGUUUAGUCAAGUCACCUCCAAUAUCAUCGAAGCCCUCGUCUCCGUUCGGCGUCUCUCCGACUUCCUCGGCGCCGACGAGCUGCAGUCCGACGCGCGUGAACUCAUCACGAACUCAAACCUUCAGCUCGGUGAUGAAGUAUUGGCAAUCGAAAACGGCGAGUUCUACUGGAACAAGGACGCGCCACAGCCGACACUCGAAGAUAUCAAUUUCGCCGUGGCCAAGGGCGAGUUGGUGGGUGUGCUCGGGCGCGUCGGAGCGGGCAAGACGAGCUUGCUGUCGGCCAUCAUUGGGGAGACGAUACGCACUGAGGGUGAGGUCAGGUUGUCGGGGUGUGUGUCGUACGCGCCGCAGAAUCCAUGGAUCAUGAGCGCGACUAUCCGUGAUAACAUUUUGUUCUCGCAUGUAUACGACCCCGAGUUUUACGAAUUGGUGCUAGAUGCGUGCGCGCUCAGACAGGAUCUCGCUUUGCUGCCGAACGGUGACUUGACAGAAGUGGGAGAGAAGGGCAUAACGUUGAGUGGUGGUCAGCGCGCACGCGUCGCGCUUGCGCGUGCUGUCUACGCUAGAGCUGAUCUAGUCAUCCUUGAUGAUGUCCUCGCCGCAGUAGAUGCUCAUGUUGCGCGUCAUGUCUUUGAUAACGUCAUUGGUCCUAAUGGUCUCCUUGCAACGAAAGCUAGAAUUGUCGUCACGAACAGUAUUCACUUCCUCAAGCAAUUUGACAAGAUAGCGUAUAUACGCAGAGGCAUAAUUUUCGAAACGGGCACCUAUCAGGAUCUAGUCAACAACUCAGAGAGUCAAUUGUAUAAACUCAUAAAAGGUCACGGUACCCUGACAACAUCGGGGAUGUCGACGCCCUUCUUGGGAGACGCUGCGACGCCGUCUUCGGAAGGCGAAACUGCUGUGGAAUCCUUGCGAGACCUCACGGAAGAGAAGCUUCAGACCGUUGACUGCAAGCUCGAACGCCGGAAGAGCUACGGCAGGGCCGCUCUCGUAGACAACCUGCCGACUCGUACGGUUUCGGAUGGCAUGACCAAAGAGCACAGCGAACAGGGUCGCGUCAAAACCGAUGUGUAUCUCCAAUACAUCAAGGCAGCCUCAAAGACCGGCUUCACGUUCUUUGUGGUCUGCAUGGUACUCCAGCAGGUCACGUCAGUGUUGGGAAACAACACGUUGCGGGCGUGGGGCGAACACAACCUGAACGCCGGCUCAAACAGGGAUGCAUUUUGGUAUCUGCUGGUGUACGGGCUGUACUCCUUGACGUCGACUUUGCUCGGGACGGCUGCAGCUAUCCUGCUUUGGGUGUUAUGCUCAGUGCGCAGCUCUAGGCUCUUGCAUGACUCUAUGCUGAACGCUGUUAUGCGCGCCCCAUUGAGCUUCUUCGAGCUCACUCCCACUGGACGAAUUCUCAAUUUGUUCUCGCGAGACACAUACGUCGUGGACCAGAUCAUUGCCAGAGUCACACAGAACACCGUCCGGACCGCCUGCGUAACUGGAAUCAUCGUUCUCGUCAUUGGGACGAGCUUCCCGCUCUUCCUGAUUGCUGUUCCACCAUUGACCUGGUUCUAUAUUCGAGUGAUGAUCUACUAUCUUUCGACUUCGCGAGAGCUCAAGCGGCUCGAUGCUGUCUCGCGCUCGCCAAUAUUUGCGUGGUUCUCAGAGUCGCUCAACGGUCUUUCGACUAUCCGAGCCUUCGGGCAGCAAAAUGUGUUCGUCCAGAAUAACGAGCGGCGGUUAGAUCGUAAUCAAAUCUGCUACUUGCCCAGUAUCUCUGUCAAUCGCUGGCUCGCAGUACGCCUCGAGUUCGUCGGGGCAACGAUUAUCUUCAUAGCAGCGAUAUUGGCGCUCGUGGCUCUCGUGACGAGCGGCGUUGAUGCUGGUCUCGUCGGCUUCGUGUUGUCGUACGCUUUGAACACGACGGGCUCUCUGAAUUGGCUUGUGCGUUCAACGAGCGAAGUUGAGACCAACAUCGUCAGCGUAGAGCGAAUUCUCCAUUACAUUGGCUUGGAGCCGGAGGCGCCGGCGGAAAUCCCUAAUGCGGUGCCGGAGAACUGGCCAACCAAGGGUGAGAUCGUGUUCAAAGACUACUGUGCCAGGUACCGGCCAGAGCUCGAUCUGGCGUUGAAGAAAAUUUCGAUUACAAUCAACCACCGGGAGAAGAUCGGUAUUUGUGGUAGGACUGGAUCCGGAAAGUCUACUCUGCUGCUCUCGCUCUUCCGCAUCAUUGAGCCUGCUUCCGGCACGAUAUUCAUUGAUGGCGUUGACAUCGCCAAAGUCGGCCUCCACGAUCUCCGAUCGUCCAUCUCAAUCGUGCCACAGAGUCCGGACCUAUUCGAGGGCACAAUCCGCCAGAACAUCGAUCCUACGGGCGCGCACCAGGACGCGGAUAUCUGGGUCGCCCUCGAGCAAGUGAGCCUUAAGGCAUUCGUGGAGUCGUUCCCAGAGGGGCUCGACGCACCCGUGAGAGAAGGAGGAUCGUCGAUGUCAGCAGGGCAGAGGCAGCUACUCUGUUUCGCUCGUGCACUCCUACGGAAGUCAAAGAUCCUGGUUUUGGACGAAGCAACCUCCGCGGUGGACUUGGACACUGACCAAGCCAUUCAAGACAUCAUCAGAGGGCCUCUGUUCGGGGACGUGACUAUGCUCACCAUUGCGCAUAGGAUCAACACGAUUAUGGAAUCGGACCGCGUACUCAUCCUCAGUGCCGGCGAGGUCACCGAGUUCGAUUCACCGAAGAACCUCCUGAAUAACAAGCAAUCCGCGUUCUAUUCUCUGGCGGCAGAGGCCGGGCUGGCAUAAUACCCACGACUUGCGCCCUCGACAGUGUGUUUAUGCUCCACCUCGAGCAGUCGCAAGCCCUACUAUGUCGUGCAUGACUGCGGGAUUGGAAACGCUGUGGAGAGGACUCGAGUACUCCCGCGCACCGCUUCUAGGUCAAAUGCUGCCUGCGACCCAGUAUCGAAGUACAGGUAGAAGAAUAGAAGUUGAUAGGGUAGUGAAUGUGUAAUCAGGUUGGUCCUGAGCCCGGGUGGCAUUCACCGUCCUGCAUAUUUUCACCUUUACUCCUCAAAUGAGGACCUCCGUC